ACAAUGUGCACUCAAAUAAGAGCACCACGUACAUGGACUCCAUCACAAUGCUAUCUAAAAGCCCCAUCCAAAACAGUCUCAGAAUCCAAAAAGACACACUCACUGUCUCCUGAGAAGAAAGAAAUUUUCAAAACAUUAGAAGGUUGGGUAUCAGAAAGUGUGCUGCCACUAGCCAAACCCGUGGAGGAAUGCUGGCAGCCACAUGACUUGUUGCCAAACUCAACUUUACCCUCAGACGAGUUCAUCGAUCAAGUGAAGGAGCUAAGGGAUCGAACGGCUGAGCUUCCUGACGAUUAUCUGGCAGUUUUGGUGGGUGACAUGGUCACCGAGGAAGCAUUGCCUACUUACCAGUCAUGGUUAAACGGGUUGGAAGGGGUUGGAGACGACGUUGGUGCAAGCAACAAUCCAUGGACUAUAUGGAUACGAUCUUGGACUGCUGAGGAGAAUAGACAUGGAGAUUUACUCAAGACCUAUCUCUAUUUAUCGGGUCGGGUUGAUAUGCACAUGGUUGAGAAAACUAUCCAAUACUUGAUUGGAGCUGGCAUGGAUAUAGGAACAGGAAGCAAUCCAUACAAGACCUUCGUGUACGCGUCCUUCCAAGAGCGAGCCACUUUUCUGUCAGACGGGAGUAUGGCUCGGUUAGCUAAGGAGAGAGGUGAUCCAGUGCUUGCGCAGAUAUGUGGCACAAUUGCUGCGGAUGAGAAGCGCCACGAGAUUGCAUAUGAAAGGAUUGUGGAGAAGCUUUUAGAAGUCGACCCCACAGAGACAAUGACAGCCAUAUCAGAAAUAAUGAGUAACAAUAUAACAAUGCCGGGGCACUUGAUGCAUGAUGGACAGGACCCGCAUCUCUUUAGUCAUUUCUCCGCGGUGGCACAACGUAUUGGCGUGUAUACAGUUAGUGACUACGUUGAGAGUUUGGAGUUUUUGAUUGGACGGUGGAGAUUGGAGAAGCUAGAGGGCUUGACAAGCGAGGGAAGGCGGGCACAAGAGCUUGUGUGUGGGUACGCACCCAAGAUUAGGAGGCUACAGGAGCGUGCUGACGAGCGAGUGAGAAAGAUGAAGCCCAAGUUCAGUUGGCUCUUCAAUAAAGAGAUGUCCUUGUGAAAGUGAACAAAAGUUUCAAAAGAAGUUCUAUGAAAAAACAAUGACUGUAUUUUAAAAUCUCUCCCUACCCUAGUGUUUGCUUAUCCUGUACU